GCUGUGUGUUAUUUUCAUAAUGAUAUUCUCUUUGAACGAGCUGGUGGGCUGGUUAGGUCUCACGAUCUUUGAAAUAUUCAUCAACUUGAUCUCCUUAACAUUUUUUACCGUAUUCUUGGCUUUGAAAUUAGACGGUAAUUAUUUCGUGGAAGCGUCCGGAUGGUGGAAAGUUUUCUCGCCACUUUUUAUUGCCGACGGUCUAAACACAUAUUUUUGUGCCAUUGUGUUCAUAAGAACGCACAUGGAAGGAAUGACAAAAUUUGCCAUUUUGCGCGGCAUAUGGAGUUUACUUUUACUGUCUCUAAUUUUUACGUUUAAAUAUCUUUUAUGUCAAAAACUUUCCGGACAGACCACGUAUGAAUAUUCGGAGGUUUUAAGUCCUAUAUUCAUUCUUCUGCAAGUUAUCGCGGUCAGAGCCUGUCAAUUACAUUGAGAAUACAAAACACUUUGCGUAUAUGACAAAUGCUUCCAAACCAAUUACCGUGUAAUAAGAAAACAUUUUAUGUACUCUGUAUGAUUAAUGUUUAUAUCAAAUUUUGUCAGACUUAUUAUAUGUAUGUAUAGAUUAAAUCAUUUGGGGAGAGAAAAUAUUUUAUAUCUAUGAAAAUACAAAUGAUAUUUGUAUCAUUUAACACGUUGAAUGCCGUAAUGGUCACCGGUGACCGGCGAUGUCAUUAGCAUUGCAUUUAUAAACAUUUCCUUCCGGCGCCUUGGCUAACUCAUGUAAAAUUGGCCCCGAUAUUCAACGUGUUAAUGAUACAUAAGUUGAUUUACGUAAAGUUCGUUAGAUAAAAGAAUGUUGUAAAAUGUAAUAAUUUUUUUAGAAUCUAUAGAUUAUAAAUUGUGAAAUAAAAUAUGUGUG